UGUAUUAAAGAAUUGAAUAAUAAAUGUCAACAACUCAUACUUCGUCUAGGAGGAAACUUCAGAAGAAUGGUAGGAUCUUUUUGAUGAGUUUUAAUAAAGAGAGAAGCAAACUCAAGCUGGAUGCAACUGUUUCCCUCAGAUAUUUAAAAGUUGCUUGGGUCUCUUUACAUUUGAUAUUUCUUUCAAAGCUAUGAUUUCUCCAAACAGCAAUUUGAAACAAUGAAUUCAAAUAAUGGAGGCUUUCUGGCAGAUAUUUUAAUUCUUUUAGGUUUAACAUAAAUAUCAUUUCGACUGAAAUCACUCUAAAUAUUGACUUUCCCAAAUAUGAUGCCAAUAUUUCAAUUUUAUUCAAUAUUUCUCAAAUUCUGCUUGCGUGAUUUUCCAUAUUUUUGAUGUAAAUUACUCCUGAGCCUUUGGUAUUAGAGUGUCUUUCUUGCAAAUCCUUGUGAAUUAUUUCAAAUAUACACCUUGCCAGCUCAGAAGAGUCUAGGCAUUGCUCUUCAGUGCUUGCAUUCUACAGAUGUUGCUCCAUUCUAGCACAGUUAACUUUUAAUAUAGAAUCAAAGGCACUUGAUGCUACAAAAGUUUACGAUGAGAAUGAAGAGUUAGUCCUGAAUGAUAUUGGGAAGUUAUCAGAUAUACAGACUUUCUUUUCUUUGAUCAGGGCUUAUCUGGUGAUUGGCAUCCUAGUGGUUCCAAAUGGAUACUUUAACGGAGGCUGGGUGUUCUCAAACCUUUGUCUUUUGCUCAGCCUUUUGUUUACAAUGGGAUGCUCGUUGCUACUCUUGAAGAUCUCUGAAAAGUACCCAGGGAGUUACUCUGAGUUAGGAUACCUAGCUUUUGGAGCUCCUGGAAAAUUCCUAUGCGACUUAGCAAUCUUUGCAUCUCAGAUUGGCUUUACGUUCCCUUACUUUGUGUAUAUUUGGGAUAAUGUCAAUUUGAUUUUAGUCAAAUUCUUUGAAGUUUCUCUUGACAAAUGGGUUAUAUGUGCUGUUAUUUUCUUGAUCUUUACUCCAUUGACAUGGGUCAAGAGAAUUGAAUGGUUCAUCAGAUGGCAUAUUUUUGCAGAUUUCCUCACAAUAAUAGUGCUUGGUGCUAUCAUGGUCUUUGGAUUGAUCUAUUAUCGUGAAGAAGGUUUUGCAGGAGAUGUCAGACCUUUUAACCAAGAUAAUUACUUGGUAUUCAUUGGAACAGCUGUUUAUAUGUUUGAAGGGACCGGGCUUGUACUUCCCAUGAAGAAUGCUUCUCAAAACAAAAAUAAUUUACCCAAAAUCCUAUGUAUUGUGCUUUUCUUCGUAUUCUUGCUUGUAUGAGUGUUUGGCACUGUGAAUUAUUUGAUAUAUGGAGAUGAGGUAUUGUCUCACACAAAGCUAAUUACUCAAGUCUUGCCAGAUGAUAGUUAUACUCUUCUAUUUAUCAAAGUUUCAUUUAUGAUUUGUUUGACUGUUACAUUUCCUGUGGCUGUUUACCCACCAAACAUGAUCAUCGAAAGCUACAUAUGAAAAUCAGACAACGUAAAUGAUAAACCUUGGAGUAGGAAUAUUUCUAGAACCUUGCUUGUCCUUGGAAUCAUCACAAUCGCUUGAACCUUUGAAUCAGGACUUGAUAAAUUACUCUCUAUCGUAGGUUCUCUCACUUGCACUCCAGUCGCAUUCACUCUUCCCGCAAUGAUGCACCUAAAACUAAUUGCAGAGACUACAUUCUCCAAAGCUCUCGACAUGUUCCUAAUCCUAGUCUCCCUAACAUUGCUAGUGGGCAUCACAGGCUAUAAUCUCUCUAAUUGGUAAACCCAUUUUCAAAGUUUCA